AUGGCAAGUUUGAAGACAUACCUGAUAGCGGGUCAGAGAGCGAAGGAGUCUCAUUGCAGCUGUUCAGAGGCCUUGCUUUCUGGCUUUGAGGUCAUUGACGGCUCACGGGUGUCCUCGGGUCCUAGGGGACAGGGGACAGCAUCGCCAGGGAGUGUCAGUGACUUGGCGCAGACUGUCAAAACCUUUGAUAACCUUAAGAACUGUCCUUCAUGCGGCAUCAUGUUGGCCCCCAAAUCGGAAGCUGGUGUAGGAGGAGGAGCGGUCCAAAAUGGCUGUCAAGAGGAACAUAAAAACAGCACUAAGGCUCCUGGAGCACCGAAUUCCAAAACUCAGAAUGGACUUCUGAGCCCUCCCCAAGAGGAGAAGCUCACCAACAGUCAGACCUCCCUGUGUGAGAUCUUACAGGAAAAGGGAAGGUGGGCAGGAGUGAGCUUGGACCAGUCAGCUCUCCUUCCGCUGAGAUUCAAGAACAUCCGGGAGAAAACAGAUGCCCAUUUUGUUGAUGUUAUCAAAGAAGACAGCCUGAUGAAAGAUUAUUUUUUCAAGCCACCUAUCAAUCAGUUCAGCUUGAACUUCCUGGAUCAGGAGCUAGAGCGAUCCUACAGGACCAGCUAUCAAGAAGAGGUUAUAAAGAAUUCUCCUGUGAAGACUUUUGCUAGUGCCACCUUCAGCUCCCUCCUGGAUGUGUUUCUGUCAACAACAGUGUUUCUGAUUCUCUCCAUCACCUGCUUCCUGAAGUACGGGGCUGCCACCACGCCUCCCCCUCCUGCCGCCCUGGCAGUCUUCGGCGCCGCCCUGCUGCUGGAGGUGCUGUCCCUCGUGGUCUCCAUCAGGAUGGUGUUUUUCCUGGAGGACGUGAUGGCUUGUACGAAGCGCCUGCUGGAGUGGAUAGCCGGCUGGCUCCCGCGCCAUUUCAUUGGGGCCAUCCUGGUGUCACUCCCUGCUCUUGCAGUCUAUUCACACAUCACCUCUGAAUUUGAGACAAACAUACACUUCACCGUGUUCAUGGGCUCAGCCGUCCUGAUCACUGUCGUGCACUACUGUAACUUCUGCCAGCUCAGCUCCUGGAUGAGGUCCUCCUUAGCCACCAUCGCUGGGGCUGGGCCCCUGUUGCUGCUCUAUGUCUCCCUGUGCCCUGACAGUUCCAUAGUAAUUUCACACCUUGAUGCAGGACGGAAUUUCAGUUUUGAGGGGAAUCCGUGCAAUAGUUCCUUGCCACGUGAUGGCGGAACAGCCAGCCUGAUUGGCCAGGAAGUGAUUCUUGUCUUCUUCCUCCUGCUCUUGUUGGUCUGGUUCCUGAAUCGAGAAUUUGAGGUCAGCUACCGCCUGCACUACCACGGGGACGUGGAGGCGGACCUUCACCGUACCAAGAUCCAGAACAUGAGGGACCAAGCUGACUGGCUGCUGAGAAACAUCAUCCCCUACCACGUGGCUGAGCAGCUAAAGGUCUCCCAGACCUACUCCAAGAACCACGACAGUGGAGGCGUCAUUUUUGCCAGCAUCGUCAACUUCAGUGAGUUCUACGAGGAGAACUACGAGGGGGGCAAGGAGUGCUACCGGGUCCUCAAUGAGCUCAUCGGGGACUUCGAUGAGCUCCUGAGCAGGCCAGGCUACAGCAGCAUCGAGAAGAUCAAGACCAUCGGGGCCACAUACAUGGCUGCGUCAGGGCUGAACGGCGUCCAGUGCCAGGACGGCAGCCACCCGCAGGAGCACCUGCAGGUCCUGUUUGAGUUCGCCAAGGAGAUGAUGCGCGUGGUGGACGACUUCAACAGCAACAUGCUGUGGUUCAACUUUAAGCUCAGGGUGGGCUUCAACCACGGGCCGCUCACAGCAGGGGUCAUUGGCACCACCAAGCUGCUAUAUGACAUCUGGGGCGACACCGUCAACAUCGCCAGCAGGAUGGACAGCACGGGGGUGGAGUGCCGCAUCCAGGUGAGCGAGGAGAGCUACCGCGUCCUGAGCAAGAUGGGCUACGACUUCGACUACCGGGGGACAGUGAACGUGAAGGGCAAGGGCCAGAUGAAGACCUACCUGUACCCAAAGUGCAUGGACAGCGGGGCCGUACCACAGCACCAGCUGUCCAUCUCCCCGGACAUCCGAGUCCAGGUGGACGGCAGCAUCGGGCGGUCUCCCACAGAUGAGAUCGCCAACCUGGUGCCUUCUGUACAGAACAUGGACAGGGCGUCUCUGGGUUCCGAAAACAGCGUGCAGGCCAAGGACACUCACCUGUCCUUGAAGAGGCUGUGGAAAGAGCCUGUCAAAACUGAAGAAAGGUGUCGAUUUGGCAAAGCCAUAGAGAAAAGUGACUGUGAAGAAGUGGGCAUGGAAGAAGCCAGUGAGCUCACCAGGCUCAACGUUUCCAAGAGCGUGUGACGCAGCACCUGUCGCUGCCACGGUGCUCUGCUCCUCGAAACACAAUCAUGUUUGUACUUGCCUGUUGUGCGUCCCGAGCACCACAGCCUCCAUCGCUGGAUGUGGCGCUGCGUGGUCAUUGCUCUGACGUCUUUGUGCGCCACACACAUCCGUCUCUUUGCUUUUUGUCCCCCAGAGCCCUGUCCCCUGGGUGUGAGCGUCAGCAGCAUGGAGAACAAGUGCCUUCAGGGGUGGCCCGGCCUCGCGUUUGGGGACACAGGCCGCCCGUGGAGAUCGCGGCAUUGGGUAUUGCUGGACUUUUUAAACGAAGCUAUAGUUAAGAUAUCAUUUUUAUUGCUUUUUCUCACAAGACCCUUUGGAUUUUUGUUUUGUUUUUGCUCGUACAAUGUUUUUGCGUGUUUUUUUUUUCCUGUAUACAUACUAGUGUUUUCCAGUGACGUGACGUUUCUAUGUAAACGCAUACACGCACACACUUUCAUUUACGAAUCUGAGAUCAAGUGCCAGUAACUCACUGUGAGGGGAGGUGGGGGGGGCGUUGCGAGCAGCCCCCAGACAGGGUGGCCUGUGCCCUCCCAACCUGCACCUUCCAGAGCACCCGGGCCCUCAGGGGCCGUGGGGCAUUAGGGCUUCCUCCCUGUGCAGGCCAAGAUUGCAGAUGCUAGCCAGUAGCAGAGUUUGUGAACCCAGGCCUCAGGUAUUUAAAAGCCGUGUUUCAUUCUGCCCCAGACACCAAGGGGUCUUCCAGCUGGGAGCGAAGGGGUUUGUCUUUGAAGCUGAAUCCUCUGAGAGGGAAACUCAAAAUAAACAUCUGAGGGUUGCAUUUAUUUAUUUAUUUAUUUAUCAGGAAAUGUGUGUUUUGGUGGAGGGGCGGCCAGGUCAUUCUGGUGAAGGGACAUAGGCUGGGUUGGGGGGAGGGGGUCUGUAGGGGGCACACAGAAGGAUGAGAAGAUGUCCAUUAGUGCUUUGGCCACUCUGGGCCACCCAGGGGCUCCCCACACGGGCUGAGCAAGACCUGACUGGGCCCGGCCAGCGCACCCUGGGAUGGAGGUGCUCUCAGCCACUAAUGGGCACUGCCACUUCUGUCCCGAGGGCUGCAGAUCCAUGCCCUUGGGGCCCUCCCGCUGCAGAGCCCUGCCCCGCGUGAGGCAGGAGGCCUGAGCCGAGCACAGCGGUGGGCAGGCAGUGCCAGUGGGCUUGGCUUGCACAUAUCCGAGAAAUUUCUCAUCCUUUCCCGUUCUUGGCUUGUGCAGGGCCUGUGUGUGGCAGACUUGAACCCGGUGAAUCCCAGCCUUCUUUAGAUGGAGUUCUCACGCUGUGUGUAGAGACAGAAUCAUCCGCAUUCACACGAGGUGCUGAGCUAGGGCAAGGAGAGAAAACCUAAGGAAAAUCACUUCUGGGCCCUUUGUUGCUGAUCCUGCCUGUGAUGACGUUUUGCCAUGUUGAGUCUGGAGGGUAUGUAGAGUUGAACUGAGGCUUGUGUUGCCCUGUCAUCGGCAUAGUUACUUUCAAGGUGACUCUAGCGUACGGUUCACAGGAUAGUUUGAGGACUAGCUCCUUCUCUGUUUGAGGUCUUCAUCGGCAUUCGCUGUGCAUUUUCUUUUCACUGCUAAAUCUCUGUAUGACUAUCACAUCUACAUCAAGUCCCAUUAUCAAUCCCCCCCUCCCAAAAUUCAUCGAGAAUCUGCCAUUUCUGGCAUCAGGAAAUACUGAUUCUGAUGGGUCAGCUCCCCAGGGGGGACACGCGUGGGGUGGCCUCCCAGCAAUGCAGCCAUAGCCAGGAUCUUGACGUCCCAGGGAGUCGAGAGCAUUCUCAGUAACUAAGAUCUUCCUUCAGGUUUUACUGUCAGUUUGUUGGUCUUCCAAUGCUGGAGGAAGGAUGGUGUGACAAUACCUCUUGCUUCUAAAGAAUGUAUUCGUAUAAGAUACUGCAGAAUUUUUAUUUUUAUUUUUAUUUUAAAACACUACCCGACACUGUCCUUGUCCAUAGGGACUGUGGGCAUGUUAGGGACUCCUCCCAUCAGUGUUGAGGCAUGUAUUUGAGUGUGGUCCUCUCCUUUUGCCUUCUGUCCUCAGGCUCUGUAGCUCUGGCAGCAGCUAAGGGGUUGGGUGUUUGCCAACGGGUCGCCUGCGUCUCCACUGUUCCACUCAGAACAUGCCCUAUAAGGUUCGUCUCUGCACAUGCUUCCUCCCCAGCACAUUCUCUUUUCCCUUCCCCUCCUGCAAAGGUGUUUGUGAUUCCUGACACUGGGAAGCCGCAGACCGCAGGGAGAGGGUCUUAACAUCUGGCAAUCUGGUCCAGCAGCGUGCGCACUGGAGCCUUUGAUGGUUGGCUCACCCAGAGUUUCAAAUUGUCUUUUAAAAAAACACCCCGAGCCUUUCUAAAUCACCAGUACAGAUGUUCUCUCUGGGCCACCAGGCGACUUGGGUCCUUCCCAGUUCCCUGCCCUGAAGCAUACCUCAACGCAGGAGCACAGAAUCUCUGCAACAGAAACGCCAUGUAUCCAGCUCCGAUGGCGUUGAACAGAGAAUCACUGAGGACAGGCCCCUGAGCAGCGGUUCAAGUGCUACCAAUACGACGGAUGUGCUCUUCACAGAGGCAAUACCUCUUAUGAACUUAGGUCAGGAAGCAAUACUUCAGAAUUGAAUGUGUGUAAAUAGUCGCUUUGAGUUGCAAUUGCCGUUUUCUUCUUGGCCCCAAGUCAGAUCGAAUUAUACAUAUAUAUAUAUACACACACACACAGUAUGUAUAUGUGUGUGUGUGUGUGUGUAUAUAUAUAUAUAUAUAUAAACAAGCACACCUAAUUUUAUCCAGUGCAAACAAAUGUAGAGCAUCAGUUAUGAAGCCCUGAAGUAGCUUGAAGAGUCACACCGAUUAUGCAACACCUGCACACGACUCCAUUAACCCUGACUCCGCACUUGGAGGCAGCACCUGCACAUUUGCACACGACACUGAGAGCCAGAGGGCCGCGUGCUUCCCGCUACGUGGGCUGUAAUAAUGUGUAGUUUCCAAAGAUCUGUCUGCGUUUGCAUUUCUAGAUUUUUGAGGUAAGCGUUUUUUUGCUGGUUGUUUCAGAAAAUCACAUCAUGCCUAGAACCUGAAAUUAAAUUAACAAGAACCAACUGUUUGCAUUUUCCAUCUUUCCUUCACUCUGCUCUUUUUAAAUUGUUAACUCUAUUUCAGAAUGCAUCCACUCAAGAAAUGGAUAUUAAAAUAUUCUAAAAUCUAAA